UACAAGUUUCCUUUGUAGUUCUCUUCCUAGAAUUCCUAGUUAGACUUCAGGGACAAAAUACAAUGGAAUUAAAAUGAAGAUUCCCAAUUUAUUUGAUCACAUACUUCUCUUUCGUUGGCACUGAUGUCACUAUACGCCUUUGUUGAUCCGUUCCAUUACCUUUGUCCCUAUCAAAAGAUGGCCUCUAUUUAUUAUGCAAAACAUGUGAAGAAAGAUGAAUCAUUGGUUUCCUUAGCGUUUAAUAAUUCGUAUAGAAAAGACAGUUUCUUGAGCUGAGGCUGACCUAGUAUUAUGGAGGAGGAUAAGUGCAGAGAGCCGGUGUUGAAGAAGAAAUACUAUGAGAAUUGCUCUGGGUGUAAGGUUGAGCAGCUCAAAGAGACAAAAAGAGGCCUUCCAGUUCGAGAACUCGUUUCUAUAUGGAUUGUUGUGCUUUGUACUUCACUGCCAAUAUCAUCUCUCUUUCCCUUCCUCUACUUCAUGAUAAGAGAUUUUCACAUUGCAAAAAGAGAGGAAGAUAUUGGCUACUAUGCUGGCUAUGUGGGGUCUUCAUUUAUGCUUGGCAGAGCUUUGACAUCUGUUUUCUGGGGAAUUAUAGCUGAUCGUUAUGGCCGAAAACCUGUAAUAAUAUUUGGGACGAUCUCAGUGGUUAUUUUUAACACACUCUUUGGACUUAGUGUAAAUUUUUGGAUGGCCAUUACUUCAAGGUUUCUUCUUGGAAGUUUGAAUGGUUUGCUUGGACCAAUAAAGGCAUUUGCCACUGAAAUUUUUCGUGAUGAAUAUCAAGCUUUAGGACUGUCAACGGUGAGUACAGCUUGGGGUAUUGGAUUGAUCAUUGGCCCAGCUCUUGGUGGUUUUCUGGCUCAGCCAGCUGAAAAAUACCCAUAUAUAUUUUCCAAAGACUCUGUGUUUGGAAAAUUUCCAUACUUCUUGCCCUGCCUCUGUAUAUCAAUUUUCGCUUUAGGGGUGACAAUUGCUACUUUCUGGCUUCCGGAGACACUUCACAUGCACAAUGAAGACAGUGAAACAUGUGAAGUCUCAUAUCAUGCUUUGGAAUCUGCAUCUCCCGAAUCUGAUAGAGAUUUGAAAAAAAAUGAAGGAAACAAGAAAACUUCCAAGAAAAGCCUCCUAAAGAACUGGCCCUUAAUGUCUUCUAUCAUAGUUUACUGCGUUUUCUCCCUCCAUGACAUGGCUUACACAGAGAUAUUUUCACUGUGGGCAGUCAGUCCCAGGAUCCAUGGAGGUCUUAGUUAUUCAACCAAAGAUGUUGGUGUAGUUCUUGCAAUCUCAGGAUUCAGUCUUCUUGUUUUUCAACUCUCACUAUACCCAUUGGUGGAGAGGAUGAUUGGGCCAGUAAUGAUAACACGCAUUGGAGGGAUUUUAUCAAUACCUCUCUUAACAAGUUACAGUUACAUAGCAUUGUUAUCAGGAUUCAGCCUCACGUUGGUGAUAAAUUGUGCUUCUGUGAUGAAGAAUGUUUUAUCAGUGUCUAUUAUUACAGGAUUGUUCCUUCUGCAAAACCGAGCAGUGGAUCAGGAUCAAAGAGGAGCUGCUAAUGGAAUUGCCAUGACUGCAAUGUCACUUUUCAAAGCUGCUGGUCCAGCUGGUGGAGGUGCAAUAUUUUCUUGGGCACAAAAGCGUCAAGACGCCGUCUUCCUCCCAGGUGACCAGAUGGUGUUCUUCAUUCUGAAUGUGGUGGAGCUAAUUGGAGUACUAAUGACAUUCAAACCUUUUCUAGUUCCUUACCAAGAAUGACUUCUCCAGCAAUCGAUUUGAUACAGAAGCAUCCUAUAAAUAACUUGAUUCUCUGGUGGGAUUCAAUACUUUGCCCAGAUGAGAAUGCUUACACUAACAUGCUUCAGUUGAUGAUGAACUUGCAGAGAACUUGGGCUUGUUCUUGUUGCCUUUCUUACACUUUUCUGUGUAGCAGUUCAGCAUUUUAAUGGGAGAUGUAUUGCAAAAUGCUCCUAUGCUAAAGAUAAAAUAAUACAUUGAAAGUUGCAAUAAAAUACUCAGUUAUGAAA